CUUGCGAGGGUGGGGACGAUAAAGGGUGGGGUAAUUUGGGAAGGUUUGACGAUCAGCUUGACGAUAGUACAGUCACUGCUGAGGCAAGAAGAUGGAGACGAGGUGCUUGCUGAUGAUCGUCGUGUUCCUUUGCGCCGCAAUGUCGCUGGCUUGUUGCCAGUCAAAUGGAAUUUCGUCCAGGACGAGUAUCGGUGAUGAUAACGACGAGAUUAGGAGGAGAUACGAGGCUGAUUACACGGACAGGAGCAACGAGGAGACCAUGCUCGAGAAUCACGAGACGGACCUGGAUUCGGACGAUCCGUUCUACGAGCGGAUCGUCUCUUACAGGAGCAACAGGGCCAUCGAUGUUUUCAGGUCGACGGAAGCCAACACGAAAUUGACCGAACAACCAGGCCAGCUGGCGAACCUCCCCAAGUCCAGCACAAAGACAACCGAGACCGUGGUCCGCGAGAAAGGCCGACGACGUGUCACCAACAAGAACGUGAUGAUCGGCGACGGGAUUUGCCAGAGCAUCGAUAUCCGGAACAGCGCGUCCGCUUUUGGAAUUCUGAAGGAUUGCCGCGUGAUCGAAGGCUUCCUGCAGAUCGUCCUUAUCGAGAAUAACUCGGAGAGGGACUUCCAACCGAUUAGCUUCCCGAAACUUCGCGAGAUCACUGGAUAUCUACUUCUUUAUCGCGUAAAUGGAUUGAAGAGCCUCAGCAAUCUGUUCCCGAACCUUGAGGUGAUCCGAGGGAACAUCUUGCUGACAGAUUACGCGUUCAUGGUGUACGAGAUGCAGAAUUUACAAGAGAUCGGCCUGAAGAAACUUACGGAGAUCUCGCGGGGCAGCGUACGGAUCGAGAAGAACCCGGCGUUGUGUUACACCACUACCCUCAACUGGGACUUCAUCGUCUCUGCGGGGGAGAACGUGAUCAAAGAUAACGGGGAGGAGGCGUCUUGUCCCGGAUGUUCUCACUGUCCCGAAGGUUACUGCUGGACUUCGCAAUAUUGUCAGAGGACAGAGAAGCCAAAGUGUCACGAUCAGUGCCUGAGCGAGUGCUAUGGAUCAACGGAAAGCGACUGUUACGUAUGCAAGCAUUAUCGACACGAGGGAAAGUGCGUGGAAACCUGUCCUAGUCAUCUAUACUCCUAUCUCUCGAGACGCUGCGUCACGAAAGAUGAAUGUGUAGGAAUGAACCGUCUGAGGCGGGUAUAUUACAUUCUUGAAGAUGGUCAGGCGUGGAGACCGUUCAAUGGAUCCUGCGUGACUCAUUGCCCCGACGGCUACGAGGAUGCACUCGACGAGAACAAUAUGACCGCGUGUCGCGCUUGCGUGAACAGCUGCCGGAAGGUCAGCCACGGCGCUUUGAUACGUCACAUCUCCGACGCACAGAGUUUCCGUGGUAUAACCGUGGUGAAAGGCGCGCUGGAGUUCCAGAUACGAAACGGAAAUCCCAACAUAAUGAACGAGCUGAGCGAGGCGUUCGGCCGGGUCGAAGAAAUCUCCGAAUACGUCAAGAUCACUCACUCGUUCCCUAUCACUUCGUUGAACUUCUUCAAGAAGCUGAAGGUGAUCAAGGGUGAGAAACUGGACAUCAAUAACGCCAGUCUGUCGGUACUCGACAAUCCCAACCUCUCGAGUCUGUUCCCACCAGGACAUGAGAUCAAGAUCGAGAACGGCCGGCUGUUCUUCCAUUACAACCCGAAACUCUGCCUGUCCAAGAUCAUACAGUUCAGCCAGAUGGUGAACAUCACGAACUACACCGACCUCGAGAUACAGCCACAAUCGAACGGCGAGAAGGUAGCUUGCGACAUAGUGAACAUAAACAUCACGGUGAAAAAUCUGGGGCCAGAUUACGCGGAUUUAAUGUGGGACAGUUACGAGCCACCGGAGGGGCAGAAGUUGCUCAAUUAUCUGUUGAACUACAUCGAGACGGAAAACCAGAAUAUCACGUACGAGAUGAACGCUUGCGGGGGCAACAACACUUGGCAGAUUGUUGACGUAGAUAUUCCUAAAUGGAACGCCACGGUGUCGAAGCAUAUCAGCAGCCUGAAGCCGUACACCAAGUACGCCGUGUACGUGAAGACGCUCAACGCCAGAUCGAGCAAGUUCGUGGAGCCGGUUGGCCAAUCGAGGAUCAUCUUCUUCAGGACGAGGAGCACCAUUCCGUCGCCACCGAUGAACGUAGUAUCUAUGCCCCUGAGCGACACCGAGAUUCUAGUCAAAUGGGAACCACCGUUGUUCCCAAAUGGACCAAUAGGAUACUACAUGGUAUCCAGCGUCGUGAUCUACGAAGACGAUAGCUUAAUCUCCACGAGGGAUUACUGCAACAAUACGCUGGAGAACGAGUUGGAGUCCGACCAACUGGUGCCUGACGUAACCGUGAAGACGCCAGUGGCGAAUCGGCUUUCGUGUUGCUCGAAGAACACGAACGGGAAUAUUAUCACGUCGAAGAAGUUCGAGAUCUUUUGCCACGAGAACACGACUAUCAGCUACAUAUCACCCGGUUGGAAGGACUACUGCGUGUACAAUACGUACAACAACGUGGACGAUCAGUUCUACGAACUGACGAACAAUCUGUCCACGCCUCGACCGGAGGAGGAAGAGGAAGAGGAGGAGACCGACACGUUCAAAUCCGAACGGCCAAACGUGAUGGACAAGCACGCGCUCACGUACAACGUGAGCGAUCGGAACAAGUUCGUGAUCAAGAAUCUUCGACACUACACGCGCUACAUUAUCAGCAUAGCGGCGUGCGGCGUCAAGAUCAACAAGUCGAACAUGUGCUCGUCGAUUCAGUACACGUACACAAGGACGAAGAAGCGGGAUCGCGCGGAUGACGUGAAAAACGUGAAGGUUCAGGUGACCAACAACACUAUCGUCGAGGUUUCUUGGGAUUCGGUGAAGGACCCUAACGCCAUCACUGUCUCGUACACGAUCGAGUACACCAACCUGGACGUGAAAGACGCGAAGAAGAGCACCGAGUGUAUCCCGCGAACCGGUCGGAAAAACACGUUGUCGACGGUGAACAGUUACUUCAUCAAGAACCUGAGUCCUGGAAAGUACAGUCUACGAGUGAGGUCCACGUCGCUGGCUGGCGAUGGCAGUUUCUCGAAUGUCGUGUAUUUCUCCAUAGGCCUGAGCGACACCACACCGAUCACGUUACUAGCGCUGAUCACGACGCUCAUUGUUCUGUUUGUGAUACUGAUCAAACCGUAUCACCACGCGGCGCCUAUCAGGUUCCAUUGGGCGAACGAGACGGCCAGAUGGGUGAAAGAGUUCGAAGACAACGUGACGCUGUUGGAUCAAACGAAGGCUGGCACUAGCAGAGGACGCAUCUUUAAAAACGGCUUCCAGCAUUUCGGUAAUGUAGCCAACAUGGAAGACGUGCCCCUCGAUCGAUGA